GCAUGCGCAUCUGCCCAAGCGCCGCCCGAGCAGCCAGCUUGGCUCCCCGUUGACGCUCCCUCGCAAACAGCCGCUAAGCCUUUGUGUCCCUUCUCGGGAACCGUAGCGGACCAGCGGCGAUGUUUGCGGAGCUGAGUGAGUUGCUGGGAGACUCCGCCGAGCGGCCGCAGCAGGGCCUGCUGACCUUACUGGUCGCCUCCAAGACGGAUGCCAGCUUCCUGGUCCACCAUUUCCUCUCCUUUUAUUUAAAAGCUGGGUGCAAAGUCUGUUUCUUGGCCCUUCUUCAGUCUUUCAGUCAUUACAACAUUGUGGCCCAAAAGCUGGGACUUGGUCUGACGACAGCCAAAGAACGGGGACAGCUUGUGUUUUUAGAAGGCCUGAAAGCUUCGAAUGAGGUCUUGUUUAGCAAGCAGCGAGAGCUGGCUGAGCCACAUCCUUUCCAGUUCAUCAGCGGGGAUGGCUCCAACCUGAAAGCACUGUACGACUUUGUUCAGACAGCCUUAACCCCGGAUCUGGGAAGGGACUCAUGGAAGUGCCCUGUGCUGAUUGUGGACGACCUCAGUGUCUUGCUGAGCCUGGGGGUGAAGCCGACCGAUGUGCUGGAUUUCGUCCACUAUUGCAGGGUCACAGUGAACUCUCUGCUUAAGGGCAACAUGGUGCUGACGGUGCGCAGCAGUAACGAUUCCGAGGACGAGGAAAACGAGCUGCUCGCAAAAGCCCUCCAUCACCAGAGCAACCUGAUCCUGCGGGCCGAAGGGCUGGCGACUGGCUUCUGUAGGGAUGUUCAUAUGGCAGUUGACAAUUGUCCGUCGCAGCCCAGGGGAGGAAAAAGCGGAGCGGGAACUCCGGCGAGUUUACCAGUACAAAAUCCAGGACAAGAACGUCACCUUUUUUGCCAGGGGGAUGUCUGCAGCUGUGCUGUGAAGGGGAGAGGGGGAAAGGUCAGGACGCUUGCCAAAGAACCUGGAGGAGAUGGAGAACAGGGAGUUGCAGAAGAGACUGGAUAGGGUGGGAGUGGCGAGUUUGGGAGUGCUGCGAGACCCCGGCGUCUCCCUUGGCCCUGUAUCAUAGCCUGAACAGGCAAGUGAAAGAAAGAGAAGACGAGAGGCUGCCGUGGGCUCUGUGGUGAUUUUGGCACUCCUGAAUCAGUGCUGCUCUUUGGGGCGGUGUCCUGGCAACCUUUGGCAUGUCAUGUUCUCGGGAGGGGACUUUGGUUGGAGUCUGCAGGUCAGAAGGCAGGGUGGUCAGAAAACACGCCGUCUGUUGAAGGGCCACCAGGCCUAUUGCCUGUGUUUAGCAGGCCCCUGCCGCUAAGGAAUGUCUACUGGAAACAAUAUUGGGCUGCAACAUAACACUGACUACAGUUGUACCACAGGAAGAAACUAGCCUUCGCGCGGAGUUAAGAAAGUGGGACAGACGUCGUACGUAGGGCCAGCUGUCUGCCUUGGAUGGUCAAGGAAUUAAACAUAUACGGAAAGCAAA